UAUUUAAAUGCCCGCAAUGCACAAGUGUCUGACGUUUUGAACUUGUGCCCCAUUCGAAUAUAUGCAUUAUUUCAAGACAUACAUAAUCCAUAUAGAUUAAAGAUUUUCAGCAAUGGUCAUUUGGAUUUAAUUUAAUCCUCGUGGAUGUAAUAACUUUGGAUCAUUUUAAUCCUAUACGAUUAAUAGGGUUAAAACUUAAACUCAUGAUUUUAAACCUACAACGCGGCUACACAAUCGAUUGAUUCUAUACAAAUAUAAUAGAGUUAACUUUAAAACACCCUUUAGUUGCUAUAGCAGUGGGAAUUUCAAAAAAAGAAAAGAUGUUAGUGGAUAUUUUGAUAUAAAUACAGGGAUAUGUCGUUGAUAUUCAAUGGAUAGACAGUAGAAAACAAUUGUUUCCCGUUCCUUUGGCAACUACACACUAACUGGUCGGAAAUAGAAAAGAAAUGUGGUUCCAGACUGAUCAUCGUCCGCCAAGCACGCACAAUACACCGCGGUUAGAUCGCCGGCUGCCAAAACUAACCGACAAAGGAAGCACUAUCAGCCGAAAGUCGGACAAACCAGUACUUCCGCCGGCGGCACAAGGAACCGCCGGACCCAAACCAUUCUUUGUGGAAGAUGAUCGCCGGUCAAAAAUAACCGUGGUGUCACUGAAAUCGGAUCGAACCUCUAGGACCGUCCAGACGGUGCAGUCGGCACUCUCGCCUCGGACUCCGGUAGCACCCCCACCGAAAGGAGCAAAGGCGGUGUUAAUAAAAGCUAAGACGAAAGUGAAGGACGGUUUCAGACAAUCGUCAAUAAAAAGAAUUAUAGCAUCAGGAUUGUGUGUGGCAACGACACUUCUGUUUUUGUUUGGCGUCUUCCUGCCGUUUUGGAACGUGUAUACAUACUCUGUGAGCGGAGUGACCACUGGGUAUUACGGGGGACUGUGGAACUACUGUCAGAGGGUCACUGGUGGAGACACAACAUGUACUGGAUAUUCGGAGUCCAGUCUCGAACACUGGUUCCGAGCUGUACGGUUUCUCGAACUAAUGGCAUUCAUGGGAAUGUUAGGGCUGAUGGGUCUAGUGAUAGCUUACAUGUUCUUUCUACGAGAGGUGAAAUAUAUUUUCCUGCAGUGGAUCAUCAUCGGACUUUGCUUCGGUAUAGCUUUAUUCGCUCUGCUGGGAUUAAUUGUAUUCGCUUCGAGUUAUUCCAAUUCAAGCCAUAUAAGUAGUGCCUAUGGACUCACAUUUUGCGCCUUUUUUGGCUCGUGCGCUGCUGGUGCUCUGUUUCUAUGGGACAAAAUUGAAAUGAAAAAGGAAGGUACAGACGGAAAUAUGACUUUCAGAGGUCUGUCGGGAUACCAAAGUUCAAGGUCGACCAAAGUGCGAAGCCGGCUGUCUCAUGCUAAAAGCACGAGGUCUCAGGCUGCACCUAGCCAAAGGUCAACGGUGAUCAGUCACUCAUCAAGUGUGCCUAGAAGCACGAGAUUAGGUGCAAAUCAAAGCACUGUCUCACAGCUACCGCCAACUAAAGAAGUGUAAA